AUGCCAGUGGACAUCUCGGUUCUGUUUUUUUGCUGCUGCUGCUGCUUAUGGAUUUCGGUUGCUGCCAAAUCCCCGGAUAAUCUCAGAUGGGGUACUUUGCAACCUUUACUGAACAGCUUAACCGAGAAUGCGGCUCGCCAGUUGUUACCAUUCUCCAGGAGUACGGAGCAAUAUUACAAUAUAUCUGCUCGCUGCCAAUCAUCCUUGGGGGAAUGGGGAUUAGGUCUACAGAAUCAACAAAAUUGGGCAUUGCAGAUGUUAGAUGCCACUGGAAAGAUCCCUACCGGUUUCAUGGAAGGAUCCUUCAUGGAACUUGGUUCCUAUGACGAGUGUAUCAGAGUGGAUGCUAAAUCAGAGAAGACUCACUUUACUGGAAAGCAUUGCUCCAUAAAGCUGGCAUUACAAUGGAAGGUGAUACUUAGCGAAGAACACGAAAGUUUCAGAGAAUUGGGUGCACAAUCAGCUGACGUACCUAUCGAGAUGCUGUACGACUACCGUCCCAUGGAAGUUGCCAACAUUAUAUACGGCCUGUGCCUUCCUUCUGAAUGUAACACCAGAGACGUCUUGCAGUUGACGAAUUCCGUGUUGGAUAAAUAUUCCCUGCCGUUAGACGUCGUCAGAGUGAAUUGCGAAAAGAAAUCGGAAGGAAGAGAACUUACGUCCUGGGAAAUUGCUGCCUGUUGUUUCUUAGCAUCCGUGGUCAUCUUGGUGCUGGUCGGGACCUUCAUCGACCUUUGCACGUCGAGGGAUAUUCUGAAUCGAAGUAAGACGGGAAGAAUUCUGAGAGGCUUUUCCUUCUAUACUAACGCUAAGGAGGUGGCAGAAACAACCAGUCGAGCCGGAACCUUUGGAUGCUUCCACGGCAUGAGAGUCAUCUCGCUCCUCUGGGUGAUGCUGUCGCACUCGCUCUUCUUGGCUUACCCCGAUCAAAUUACCGUCUUCAAACCGCUGAGUGGCAAUCUGAAGAUAUCGAGGAGCCCGAUCAUGGCUUUGUUGGACAAUGCAUCGCCUUCGGUGGAUACUUUCUUCGUCAUCAGCGGCUUCCUUUGCGCCUAUUCCACUUGGAAAUCCUUGGAAAUUAAUGGAGAUCGGAUCGACAUUCUGUCCAUCUUGUUGCGGAAGUUAUGGAGAUUGAGCCCUUCGAUGUGGGCCACUAUAGCCCUGACCCUGUUGCUUCCACGUCUGGGAAAUGGACCUCUGUGGAAGGAGAAUUCGGAAUAUUUGGCAGGGGCCUGCCAGCGCAACGGUUGGACUAACCUUCUCUUUCUACAAAACCUAUGGUCAAUGGAGGAUAUGUGCCUAGUCCACACCUGGUACGUGGCCUGCUUGAUGCAACUCUUCGUUAUUGGUGUACCGCUGCUUCAACUCUGUUACAGACGUUUUUGGCUUGGUCUUGGUGUAGGCAUUGCUUUGGCAUCGACUGGUAUGGCCGUGUGUAUGCUCCUUACCGUGCUGUACGGACUUCCCCCCGCUCCUCUCUACUCCAGUUACGGAGUCCACGCCAUAGUUAAACACGUGUCGUUUCAACUGAUAAAGCCUCACCAACACGUCGGAGCUUUUUUGAUAGGAGCGGCCACCGGUUAUAUAUAUUUCAAGCGAGGAAAAACACCGGUUCCAAAGAUAUACGCGGUGUUAGGAUGGAUCGUCUCCCUGGCUGCCAUGUCGGGCGUGGUAUUUGGAGUUCAGAGCUUCCGAACGGAUAAGGUGUACGAAGGCCCUGUAGCCGUAUUGUAUUCCGGACUGUUUAGAAAUAUCUGGUCCACGGCCGUGGCCUGGAUAUGUUUCGCUUGCGUCACCGGGCGCGGAGGACUGGUCAACGAUCUGUUAUCUUGGUCACCGUUUUCCUCCCUGGCUAGGUUAAGUUAUGCCGCUUACUUGCUACACCCGUUACUCAUCUGUUAUCACACGUCUAGGAUCCGAUUUCCUUACUACUUCGACUACAUUACGCUGGGAGAUCGCUACGUCUCGUACGUGGUAAUAACGUUCGUCUUCGCCUACUUCUUUCACUUGAUGAUCGAAAUGCCUUUCUCCAACGCGGAAAGAGUACUUCUGGACACCAAGAAGAAGACAGAAUCAAAAGAAUCGUAGAAGAGGGAAGGAAAUCAACGAAGUCUUUUGUUUUCUCGUGGUGUGGAGGAAUUGCUCUUCUCGAUUCUUCGAUAACUUACCAGUGUCGGACUCGUUACAAUUUCCAGAGGACCCUUUAUAGUUCCGUAGACGGAUACGACACAGACAUGGUGGGAUCCACUCUUCUAUCAACUGGGAAAAAAAGAAAAUGGACCAAGUCUCCGUUCUUUCGCAAAUUUCAAUGUCUCUUCUUUCCGACAAUUUGUACCGAAAUAAAUUCUUCGUACUCUC